AUUGCUACUUAUGUGUUCACAUCAGGUAUUGGAGGUAGUGCUGCAAUAGGCCUGUUAUGGCAGAGAAAACGUUUAGUAGCAGCAACAGAUGUGCAGUCAGCAAACACUGAGGACACUGAGGUACAGGAAAGUGAUGACUCUGGCGAAGAUCAAGAGGAUUCUGGGAAAAAGAAGAAGAAAAGACCAGGAUUCAGAGAUAGAAGGGUUAUUGAAUAUGAGAAUAGAAUCAGAGCAUAUUCUACACCAGAUAAAAUCUUUCGUUACUUUGCUACACUGAGAGUACAGAGUGAGCAUGGGGAUUAUGAAAUAUAUAUGACUCCUGAAGACUUUGUUAGGUCCAUCACACCAGAUGCUAAGCAACCUGAAGGCCUUGGUCUAGAUCAGUUCAGGAGAUAUGAUCCAAAGAAAGUUGGUGCUACCUCUCAGUUCUCUGAAGAAGGCAGUAUAUUCAGUACUUUAGGACAGUGUGGACUCAUCACAUUCUCAGAUUAUAUAUUUCUUCUUACAGUCUUAUCAACUCCUCCUAGGCACUUUGAGAUAGCAUUUCGUAUGUUUGAUUUAGAUGGCAAUGGAGAGAUACAACCCUUUGAAUUCGAGAAGGUUACACAAAUAAUCCGAGCACAGACAAGUACAGGACAGCGCCACCGUGACCAUGCUGUCACUGGUAGCACCUUAGCACAUCAUAUCAACAGUGCAUUGACAACAUAUUUCUUUGGAGAAAAUAUGGAUCAAAAACUGACAAUAAAUAAAUUUAUUGAGUUCCAAACAAGACUGCAGGAGGAAAUACUCAAAUUAGAGUUCAAUAGGUUUGAUCCAGAAGAUGGAAAGAUAACAGAAGGUGAGUUUUCUGACUCACUUCUGGCGUAUGCUGCUCUCACAGAGAAGAAGAAAACUAGGAUGAUAAAAAGAGUAAAGAAAGCUUUCAAAGAAGAACCACAGGGUGUAACAUUACAAGAAUUUUUAAGCUUUACAAAACUGUUACGAAGUAUCCAUGAUGUUGAUACAGCACUGACAUUUUAUCAUGUAGCAGGAGCACCUAUAGGACAUGAUACAUUGAAGCAUGUUGCCAAAACGGUGGCUGGUGUAGACCUCAGUGAUCAUAUUGUUAACGUGGUUUUCACACUAUUUGAUGAAAAUAACGACGGCAAACUGACACAUAAAGAGUUUGUAUCUGUUAUGAAAAAUAGAGGAAUGCGUGGUCUAGAAAAAUCUAAAGACACUGGUGUGACAAGACUCAUUGAAACCAUGUGGCGAUGUGCCAAAGAAACUAAGAAAUUCAACUGGGAAAGUUGAUCAGGCAUGGAUGAGAGCAGAGCAUGAAAUCAGCAACAAUACUUGGUAUCUGGUUAUUCCAGUAAUGAACUUCCAAGAAUCAGCAUCUAUUAUGUUUCCACAUGUUCACCUGCUCCUGAUUUCAUAUGAUUCCUUCCUUUCUUUGGUGCAGUGUUAGAUAUUACCAGUAGUAGUACUGUAUUACAAGUAGCAUUUCCAAUAGAAGUCACAUUCUUUUGUACAACUGAGAACCAAAAAUUCACCAUUUCUCAUAUGUAUAGAUGCUCUAAUAGAAGCCACAUCCUUUUUCGGCUUCUAAUACAGAUUUUACAAUAAUUGAAAAGUGGCAUUGUGGAUCCUGAAUUUCUGACACUGCGAUGUAACUUCGUAUAUUUUUGCUAACCAUCUUACCACUUGUUUGACAAAAAUGUUGAGCAUUGAUCAGAGUUACCUUGUGAUCUGCUGUUACAACAGUGGCCGGAGUUGUUUUUAUUAAUUGGAAAACGUGUAUAUCUCAUAACAGAACUGAACAAUUUAAUUAUUUUAGCUUUAUGUGCAAAUGUAUUUUGCUAACUAGUUACUGCACACAUGUGAGAGAAGCCUUUAUCUGUAUAGCCAUUGUUUCCUGUGACAUACUUGUAGAUAAUAUUCCACCACAUUUGUUGUCCUAGUCUGUGAUGACUUUUAAAGCAGUAAUAUGGAUAGUUUUUUGAGCAUAUUUUAUUAACUUUGAUUAAUAUAGCAAGUUAUACUACAUGUAUUUAGUGUUGUCUUGGCAACAUGCAUAGCAGUAUUCAUUGAUUAAAAUACUACAAAAUGUAAUAUAUAUACACACCUGAUUUACUGAUUGCCUACAGGUAGUAUAAAUACUGAUUUUUUUGUUGUUGAAAUUUUACAAGAAAUCGUAUUCCACUGUUUUUUUGAAUAUGCUAAAUAAUUCAGGGUGUUAAUGUCAGUUUAAUUGUGUAAAAAGUGGGAUUAAAAAACUAAAUACUAAUGAUACAGUGCUGAAUGAUUCAAAUGUUUGCAGGCAGUCAGUAAUGUUAGAUUGAACUUAAAUUUUUUUUAUUUAUUUUGAAAUUUUUACUCGUUUUAUGAAUUGUACAUGAGGGCACUAUUAAAAACAUUGG